GUCUGGUCCUGAGUCUGCCCCCUGCUCGUGUCGUCUCCUGUCUCACCAGACUCUCCUCUGGCACCACCGCCUUGGUCACCCCUCCCUGCCUCGUCUUCGAGGCAUGGCCUCCCGUGUCCUUGUCUCUGGUCUCCCCCGGUCCCUCCCUCCUCUUCCUCCAGGGCCUGCCCCUACCUGCGUUCCCUGCGUCGAGGGGCGGCAGCGCGCUGCUCCUCACUCCUCGGAGUUUCCUCCGACAGAGGCUCCGCUGCAGACACUUCACAUGGACGUGUGGGGCCCAGCCCGCGUCCGUGGACAGGGUCACGAGCGUUACUUCCUGCUGGUGGUUGACGACUACUCGCGUUACACCACAGUCUUCCCCUUGCGCAGCAAGGGUGAGGUCACUGGGGUGUUGAUCGACUGGAUCCGCGCUGCUCGUCUCCAGCUCAGAGAGAGUUUCGGCUCGGACUUUCCUGUUCUGCGUCUGCACUCCGACAGAGGCGGAGAGUUCUCCUCUGACCUUCUGCGAGCUUUCUGUCGUGCACGAGGCAUCCGUCAGACGUUCACGCUUCCGGCCUCUCCGCAGCAAAAUGGGAUUGCUGAGCGCCGCAUUGGCAUGGUCAUGGACGUUGCCCGUACGUCCAUGAUCCAUGCGGCUACCCCCCAUUUUCUGUGGCCGUUCGCGGUUCAGUACGCGGCGCAUCAGAUCAACCUUCAGCCCCGGGUCUCCAUGCCGGAGACCUCCCCUGCUCUGCGGUGGACCGGGAAGGUUGGCGAUGCAUCCGCGUUCCGUGUCUGGGGAUCUCGGGCGUUUGUCCGCGACUUGUCUGCGGACAAGCUGUCCCCGCGUGCUGUUCCCUGCGUCUUCCUUGGCUUCCCCCCUGACGCGCCAGGUUGGCAGUUUUACCACCCCACCUCGCGCCGUGUUCUGUCCUCUCAGGACGUCACAUUUGACGAGUCGGUUCCCUACUACCGUCUCUUCCCCUACCGCACUGCGUCCCUCCCCCCGCCGCCGCUCUUCCUCAUGCCAGUCGAUCCUGUUGAGGUAGCUGUUGACUCUGGUGCUGCUAGGGGUGCUGAGCCUGCGGGUGCAGGGUCUGGGGGUGCUGAGCCUGGGGGUGCUGACUCUGGGGGUGCUGAGACUGGGGGUGCUGAGUCUGGGGGUGCUGAGCCUGGGGUUGCAGAGACUGGGGGUGCGGAGCCUGGGGGUGCUGAGCCUGCUCGUGUGGCGUCUGGAGGGACUGGGCCUGGAGGUCCUUCGGGUGCUUCGUCCCGGCGAGAGCCCCUCUCUCCACAGGAGCUGCGCGAGUGGUUUGCUCGGCGCUGGAGCCGUGCUGCUGGAGCUGGAGGUGCUGCCGGUGUUGGAGGUUCUACUGCUGCUGAGGGUGCUGGUGCCGCGGGUCCCAGAGGUGCUCGUCCUGAGGGUCCUGGAGCUGCUGAGUCUGCGGGUGCUCCUGGUGCUGGAGCUGGUGGUGCUGCUGGCGUCGGUGCUGCUGGUGGUGCUGGAGCUGGAGCUGCUGCGUCUUCAGGUGGUCCUAGUGGAGCUGGAGCUGCUGGGGGUGUUGGCGCUGGAGGUGCUACUGGCGCUGGUGCUUCUGAGUGUGCUGGAGGUGCUGGAGUUGGCGCUGCUGGAGCUGGGGGUGCUACGGGUGCUGGUGCUCUUCCUGCUGGUUCUAGUGGCGCUGCGCGGCCGCGGCCGUACUUUGAUCCGCUCCUUGAGCAGGUUCUUGGUCUUCCGCCCUCUACUAGUCCUGCUCCUCUCUUAGAGUGUCCGCCGCCUAUCCAGUCUGAGUCACAGUUACAGCCAGCCUCCCCACUGCCUGGUCCUUCUCCCUACACUGGUCCUACUGGAGGUCUUGCUGAACGUCGUGAGCCUGCGUCUCGUCCUGUGUCGCCUGUCCGUGCUGCUCGCACUAGUGGUCGUGGUUCGCGUCAGCGUCCUCCCCCUGUCCCCGGCACGCACUGGAUAGUCGGACUCCCUUCGUGCUGCCAGUCCUACUGUCACGCGUCUCCCUGCUACUCUCGUCACUGA